AUGCGUUUGCAGCUUUGUCCCACUCCGGGGGACGCGGGCCCGGAGGACUGGAUCACAGGACCCCCACCGAGCCUUCCAAGACCCCCUCCGCCUGCCUUACCACCGAGAGAAGGACCCAACCUUCCAGCGUGGGAGACGGGAGCAGCAACCGCACUCGACGAACGCCGCACCGGCAGGGCCAGGAGGCGAGAUCGGGGCCCGCAGAACAGCCGCCACGACGAGGAGCAAGGAGGCAGGGCCGACGAGCCAGGAACAAGCUCCGAAAGACACAUGUGGGGACCAGCAGUGAAGACGGGAGCAAAGUUCUCUGAAGAGGAAGGAUCUCUGUUGGAGGAACGGCAGAGGACUCAGGCCUGGGCGUGUGCCCAAAAUGCCCUCUCACGUGGCAGUGGAGAGGUGGUGUUCAGCCAUCGUCUUGGCAGAGGUGUGGAGACAUCUGCUGCGCCUCCAGUCCAGGGCGAUCAGAGGAAUGAGGAGGACGAGGAACUACAUCAUCUGUCGCCAGGUGAAGUCAAGAAUGAAGACUUGAAAGGAAACUUCAGGAAUCAAGGCAGACCCAAGAGGCAGAAAGGACGACAUACAGUCGAGAAGACGGAUCAACUUAUUCCUUGCCAUGGGGGAGAUUUCCAUGAAGUAAUUCACAUGGUGGAAGAAACAUACAAGUCGGAGUGUGGAAUGAACUUCUCAGAUCAAAUGCAAUAUAAUAUCCGUUUGCAAGUGGACAGUGGAAAGAAGACCCAUCAGUGCCUGGAGUGCGGAAAGAAUUUCCUUUGCAGAACAGAGCUCCUUAACCAUCAACAAACACAUUCAGGGGAGAAGCAUUAUAGCUGCUCAGACAGUGACGAGGGUUUCUCACAGAAAUCAGACCUUCUUAAACAUGAAAGCUUUCAUUCAGGAGAAAAGCCAUUUAUCUGUUCAGAGAGUAGAAUGACAGACUCUGAUGGAAGACAGGGAAAUUUACAAUCACCAAGGAACGUUAUAACAAAGGCAUGUAAAUGCUUUCAGUGUGGAAAGUACUUUAAAUACAGAUCACAGCUCCUUGUGCACCUAAGAAACCACGCAGGGGAGAAACCUUUUGCAUGCUCAGAAUGUGGAAAGAGAUUCAGUCAGAGUAACAAUCUUCUACAGCAUCAAAGAACUCACACAGGGGAGAAACCUUUUGAAUGCUCACAGUGCGGAAAGAAAUUCAGUUUGGCUAGCAGUCUUCAGCUACAUCAAAGAACCCACACAGGAGAGAAACCUUUUAGCUGCUCUGAGUGUGGAAAGCGAUUUAGUUACAGUAGCAAUUUUCAACGACAUCAAAGAACCCACACAAAGAAGAAACCCUUUGAAUGCUCAGAGUGUGGAAAGAGAUUCAGGUUGAGUGGCAGUCUUCAACUGCAUCAAAGAACCCACACAGGGGAGAAACCCUUUGAAUGUUCAGAGUGUGGAAAGAAAUUCAAUCAGAACAGCCAUCUUCAAAAGCACCUAAGAAUCCACACAGGGGUGAAACCUCAACAGCACCUAAGAAUCCAAACAGGGGAGAAACCUUUUGAAUGCUCAGAGUGUGGGAAAAGAUUCAGGUUGAGUGGUGAUCUUCAAAAGCAUCUAAGAAUACAUACAGGGGAGAAACCUUUUGAAUGCUUGGAGUGUGGAAAGAAAUUCAGGUUGAGUGGCAUUCUUCAACAGCAUCGUCGAAUCCACACAGGGGAGAAACCUUUUGAAUGCUCAGAGUGUGGAAAGAAAUUCAAUAGCAGUGGCAAUCUUCAACUGCAUCAAAGAAACCACACAGGGGAGAAACCUUUUGAAUGCUCAGAGUGUAGAAAGAGAUUCAGUACAAGUAGCAUUCUUCAACAACAUCAGAGAACCCACACAGGGGAAAAACCGUUUGAAUGCUUCGAGUGUGGAAAGAGAUUCAGUCAGAAUGGCAGUCUUCAACAGCAUCUUAGAACGCACACAGGGGAGAAACCUUUUGAAUGCUCAGAGUGUGGAAAGAGAUUCUGGUUGAGUGGUGAUCUUCAAAAGCAUCUAAGAAUCCACACAGGGGAGAAACCUUUUGAAUGCUUAGAGUGUGGAAAGAGAUUCCGGUUAAGUGGCAGUCUUCAACAGCACCUUAGAACCCACACAGGGGAGAAACCCUUUGAAUGCUCAGAGUGUGGAAAGAGAUUCCGGUUGAGUGGUGAUCUUCAAAAGCAUCUAAGAAUCCAUACAGGGGAGAAACCUUUUGAAUGCUCUCAGUGUGGAAAGCGAUUAGCUUUGCCGUAUAGCUGA